UACCGGGCUCACCAGGCUACCUUCUAGAAUAUGUUUAGUUUGUGUCUGUCUGUUAUUGUUUUCAUGUAUUCUGUUUUGUUUUGUUGUUCUGAAUUUGGUCCGGUAGAGUCAGUAUUAAGACGAUUUGGAAUAUUUGAAUAUUCAAGGUUAAAAAUGAGUGCCAGUGAUAAAAAGAUGCCUGGAACGGGCUUAGAAGAUAUUGGCGUGCCAGGACAACUUUUUCUUCGUGAUGCUCUAACCAGCUGUACAGAUCCUCUCAAAGCUAUUGAGGAGUUUCAGCUUGAAAAUGGAAUCCUUUUACCUUCAUUACGGCAGAUGCUUCCCUUGUUAGACCUUCACGGUGUGCGAAGACUGGACUUUCAUACUUCUGUUAUGGAGGAAAUCAGAGAAAGACUAAUCCAACAUAUAAAUGAAAUUGGACAGAAAGAAGGCAGGGAACGGGACAGAAAGUUGAAGGAAUUGUUAUCAAAAAGUUUUCCUCUGGUGCGAGUGAAACCUCUAAGACCUGUCGUCAUGGCCAUUCUGCGAAACACAACCCACAUAGACGACAAGUACCUGCGUGUUCUGGUGAGAGACAGAGACCUGUAUAAUGACACAGACACAGAAGUGAAGCGACAAAUCUGGAAGGACAAUCAGUCUUUAUUUGGAGAUGAAGUGUCACCAUUGCUAUCCCAAUACAUCAAGGAGAAGGAAAACGUUCUUUUUGACCACAACAAUCUGACCAAUCUCUUCUUUACACCAUCUCCAAAAGUUAGAAGGCAAGGAGAUGUGGUACAGAAGUUGGCCCAUAUGAUAGGCAACAGUGUAAAGCUCUAUGACAUGGUACUCCAGUUCUUGCGCACACUAUUCUUGCGCACACGCAAUGUCCACUACUGCACCUUGCGGGCUGAAUUGCUAAUGGCUCUACAUGAUUUGGAAGUUCAGGAUAUCAUCUCUGUUGAUCCAUGCCACAAGUUCACCUGGUGUCUUGAUGCCUGUAUCAGAGAAAAAAAUGUUGACAUUAAACGUUCUAGGGAAUUACAGGGAUUCCUGGACAGCAUAAAGCGAGGACAAGAGCAGGUCUUAGGUGACCUGUCUAUGACUCUGUGUGAUCCCUACGCUAUUAACUUCCUAGCUACAUCUGCCAUGAAGAUUUUACAGCACCUAAUCAAUAAUGAGGGCUUGCCUAGGGAAAAUACCAUCCUCAUCCUGCUUCUGCGAAUGUUGGCUCUGGGUCUCAGUGCGUGGGUCAUGAUAGACUCUCAGGAGUUCAAGGAGCCAAAACUAGACAGCCAAGUGGUGACCAAGUUCCUGCCUGCCCUCAUGUCUCUGGUGGUGGAUGACCAAGUGAGAGCCCUCAACUCCAAACUACCCCCUGAUGAGAGAGAAUCGGCCAUCACCAUCAUUGAACAUUCUGGUCCCCCUCCAGACGCAUGCCAAGCUUACGUGCAGGAGAGCAGUGUUGCCAGUAUCAUAGCCAUGUACUACACCCUGCAGACUGCUAAGCAGAGGGACAGGACAGGGCUCAUGAGAGUACUUGGUACUUUGGCCACCUGUGACAGUGACAGAGCAUUCGAAGACCCAUUUCUCCACUUUCUGGUGUCACUGUUGAUUCAUGUGGGAGAUGAGUUCACAACAGAAGACUUCUGUACUGUGAUCUUUGAUGAGUUCUUCUAUGCAGGAAUCAGUCGCGAAAAUGUUGUCAGGCACAUGCUCAAGCUGCUGUGGUACGUCUAUCCCAAGCUCUCCAGCACACGGCUCCACACUCUGAUGAAAGUCUUGCAGCCAAAUGCUCAGCACAAUGAAGCAGUCCAUUCGCUAUACAAGCAGUUGACAGAGAAGAUCGGCAGUGAGCAAGAGCCUCCACCUAUCCCCGAGAACUUAGAUUAUCUUGAGUCUCCUCUCAUGUCAGUACCCACUCCUGCCCCUCUCGUCUAGUACUAAGGAAUUAAAGCUGGCAUGUUGUGGACAAGAUCUCAUUUUUCAGAAAUUUUAGAGUAGACAGUGCCAUUAUUAUGUAAAUAUUUGUAAAUAGUGUGACUGUAAGUAAUGUACUAAUUAAAAAUUUUAUUUUUACACAAAA